ACCGAGGUUCGCUUCGACAUUUCAGUUAUACUCCUCGAGAUGAGUGCAUACGGUACCAAAGAGACUGUGAAGGUCCUGGAGGACUUGCUUCGCAUCCUGAAGGAAGAAGACGCCUUCGAUAUUUCGGGAAAGAAGCCCGUUGUCAAAUUUCUGCAUCCCCAGGAACUGCAAGAAACUCUGCCGACGGCUUUAGGAGACGAGGGGGCGACGGAGGCGGAAAUAGAAGAGGUCCUUCGACAAAUAAUUCGCCAUUCGGUCAGGACGAACAGUCCUCACUUCCAUAAUCAACUUUAUGGUGGAGUCGACGAUUAUGGGCUGGCUGGUGCCUGGUUCACCGAGGCCUUCAACACGAGCCAAUACACGUACGAGGUGGCGCCGGUUUUUACAUUGUUGGAGAGGGUCGUCAUAGAGCAGACUUUGAGAGUCCUGGGGUAUCCUGAGGUCCCUUUCGCUGAUGGUAUCCUGUCUCCUGGUGGGAGCAUCGCCAACAUGUAUGGAAUCGUCCUGGCCAGGUUCAGGAAGCUCCCGGAAGUCAAGGUAAAAGGGUUAAGUGGACUUCCGCCGUUGGCUUUGUUCACCAGCAAAGGUGGACACUACUCCAUCGAGAAGGCUGCCCAUUGGUUGGGCUUGGGCACUGAAAGUGUCCAUGAGGUAAAGACUGACGACUUAGGUAGAAUGGAUCUUGGGGACCUGAAAAAGUCCAUUGUCAAGUCAAGAUCUAAUGGACGUGUUCCGUUUUUUGUCAACGCAACUGCAGGAACGACUGUUCUUGGGGCGUUCGAUCCGAUUUCGGAAAUUGCAGAAAUCUGCGAGGAAGAGGAUCUGUGGCUGCACGUUGACGCGUGUUUCGGAGGGACCUUGCUGCUGUCUGAAAAAUAUCGCGACCGGCUGCGAGGUAUCGAAAAGUCGGACUCUGUUGUCUGGAAUCCCCAUAAAAUGCUCGGUGCUCCUUUGCAGUGUUCUUUGUUCUUGGUUAAGGGCAAAGACACUUUGCACAAAGCCAACAGUGCCGGUGCAAAGUAUCUCUUCCAACAAGACAAAUUCUACGACGUGUCAUGGGACACCGGAGACAAAAGUAUUCAGUGCGGUAGAAAGACCGAUGCUUUGAAAUUAUGGCUGAUGUGGAAAGCACGAGGGACUAAAGGCCUCCAAAUGACAAUAGACACUGCCAUGUCUGCCGCGGAUUAUUUUUUAAAUAAAAUAAAAAAUCGAGAGGGCUUCCGAUUGGUCCUGGACAAGUUUCAGUGCUGCAAUGUCUGUUUCUGGUACAUCCCACCGAGUUUGCGGAAACAAAAGGAGACGGAAGAAUGGUGGAAGAAAUUGUACACAAUUGCGCCGAUAAUCAAAGAACGAAUGAUUAAAAAUGGCUCCCUGAUGAUCGGCUACACUCCGCUUGCGCAUAAAAAUCUUGGAAAUUUCUUCAGACUGGUUGUUAGUUGCCUGCCAUUAGCAACAAUCGAGUCCAUGGAUUAUGUCGUUAAGGAGGUGGAGAAAUAUGGCGCGGAUUUGUGACUGCAACGUUAAAGUCAAUUAAGAAACAUUUGUUUUAUUUCCGAGCACAAUCAUUGUCCUCCAAGAAUUGCCAAGGAAGUGCCUCUCGCAAAUAAAAGUCCAUAAAAUUGAA